UCGAGAUAAAAACAUAGGCAGAGGAAGGAAGCGACGACAUCAAACCGUCUCUGAGCCGCUGCUCGUCGCGUUGCGUUUUACCUGUAAGCCACCAGCGUCGUAACCACGGACAGUUUUAUAAAUCGUUUUUAGCUUUUCUAUUUUAGCGUUGAAACAGCCGCUACCUCCGUUUUCAUCCGCUGCCUGACUCGUUGACUUUGACGCAAUAUGCCUUCAGAAAAAACCUUCAAACAAAGAAGGACAUACGAACAGAGAGUAGAAGAUGUCAGACUGAUCCGAGAGCAGCACCCUAACAAGAUCCCUGUGAUCAUUGAGAGGUAUAAAGGAGAAAAACAGCUUCCCAUCCUGGACAAGACCAAGUUCCUGGUGCCAGACCACGUCAACAUGAGCGAGCUCAUCAAGAUUAUCAGGAGGCGCCUCCAGCUAAACUCAAACCAGGCUUUCUUCCUGCUGGUUAACGGCCACAGCAUGGUGUCUGUGUCGGCUGCCAUAUCCGAGGUGUACGAGCGGGAGCGGGACCAAGAUGGCUUCCUCUACAUGGUGUACGCCUCCCAGGAGACCUUCGGCUCUGCCACGACCACCCAGUGAAGCACCUUCCUUCUUCUUCCACUUGGUCGGCGAUUGGACAAUUGUAGUUUUUACCCCCUCCAUGUUUCUCACCACACACCUUUAGUCUAAAAAAAAACUACUAAAUGUAAACACGGUGUCAUUUCUCAGCUCAAAUUGGUUCAGGCUCUGGUCUCUGCACUCUGACUGCAGCGAGCGGAUUAACUGUGCACCACCACACUCUACCAGUAGCAUAAAGCCACAAAGGGUUGACCAAAACAGCAGGGUUUUAAGUAGAGAAACUCCCCAAAUCUGACUUUGACUCAGGCCAAUAGAGUCUUUAACUGUGUGUCUCUGCUUCUGUAUUGUCCUCUCUCUGGUGAAUCCUGUUGUUAUGGCAACAUACCGCCUGUUGGCAAUUAUUUUCAGUGUUGUGGUUACAUGUCUCCAUGGCUGUAUUUUUUAUGUUAAUGUAUAUAUACAUUUCAGGUAGUGACAUGACAUAAAAGUGGUGAGGCUCCACCACAUAUCUAUAUAUACAUAUAUACAUACAUUAGCCAAUGAACAAAGCCAACCUGAAUGCUGAGGUUUUAGGAGACAGGCACUAGAGAAGGGUUUCUGGAUUCAGAUAUUGUUUUUAACGAAGCUUUUUAUCGCACUCUGAGGUUAAAGUUAGGCAUUUGUCCUUUUGCCAGAGAAAAAUACAAAACUAAGUAGAGCAGACCCUUGUUGAUCAGUGCAUCUCUGUUGUGUGUCUUGUCACAUUCCCUCUGUGGUGUUUUUAUCUCUCCCUGCCUUGUAGCCUGAAGCAUCUUCUUCACUGUCACAAAAAUAUGUUAGGAAACUGCUUUGCUCUCGAAACAGAUGAUUGUAGUUUGCAAAAAAAAAAAAGAUGCCUUGGUGUACAGAUAAUAUUGACUAUAUGGCUUUGAAUAUGAAAGGGGUUCCAUUGAGAGUGUAACCAAGUUGAAUUUGGACACACUACAAGGAGCAUGGUCUGACUGCAUGUGUGAAUGGAGGAUGAUGGUGAUGGUGUUUCUGUAAAUGGUGAUGAGGGGAGGGGGAGGAGGAGGAGGAGGAGGAGGAGGAGGAGGAGGGGGGGGGGUCCUUCUUAUUCCUGCAAGUGAUCUAAAAGGGUGGAUCCAGGAAUGGAGGAAGGUCCUGAAACCUGGGCAGUUUGAUGAGCGUCAUAUCUUGAGUGUCCAUCUGCUUUGUUUCUUUCUCCCUUUGAUGUAAAGGACUUGAUUUCCCACAGCUGUCAUUGUUGUUCUGUUUCAUUUCUCUGAAAUACAACAAGCACUGUCACUGUGGGAACUUCUGCCUGCCCGGUGGGUUUUUAAGGGCUGCACUCUAAAAAACAAAACAAAACCACAUUUUGAAUAUCCUGUUAUCUAUAUCAUCUAUAGAUGGUCCUUCACACACUUUCUGUGCUGUUGUGCUCCUCCUCCUCCUCCCCCCUGUCUUUUUAACAGAUCUGGGGUUUAGUUUCCUUUAUAUCACAGUAUUUUAUCAUUUUGGUUCUUUU